CUUCAAGCUGCUACUGCGGAUAAAUCAAAGGCAAUUCUUUUUACGUUUAUAUACCAGUUCUUUGAAAAAAAGCAAAAAAUUGUGUUUAUUGAAGGAUCAACUCGCGAUAUUUCUGUAAAGAUGCAGCUCUUUGAUUUUAGCGAGCCCUUAAUUGUGUAUACUUUGUUGGGAGGUUUGAUUGUUUUUUAUGGUUUGGUAUCAUUAGUUAUAAAAGAGCGUCUAUAUAUAAGCGAAUCUUUGGUUGCAACAAUAAUGGGCUUAAUACUAGGACCGGCUUGUUUGCGUUUGAUCGACCCUACGGAAUGGGGGUACAAAAGCGCGAUAACGGAGGAAUUAACACGCAUCGUACUUGCAAUUCAGAUCAUGACGGCUGCCAUAAAUUUACCGAGAGCAUAUAUCACGCGUCAAUUCCGUUCUAUGUUCAUUAUGCUCCUGCCAGUCAUGUCUUGGAUGUGGAUCUCUAGUGCAGCGAUAAUAUAUUUUUUCAUACCAGAUGUUACAUUUGUUGAAACUUUGUUAAUCGCCUCAUGCAUUACUCCAACCGAUCCGAUCCUCGCAAACUCCGUUGUUCAAGGCUCUUUUGCUGAAAAGCAUAUUCCACCCAAUGUAAGACACCUUUUAUCUGCCGAAAGUGGGGUAAACGAUGGGAUGGGUUUUCCUUUUCUCUUUUUUGCACUUUUCUUACUUGAAUCCAAAAUUACUGCUACUGCUGUUUGUCAAUGGAUCUCAUUCGUUUGGGGAUAUCACAUCUUACUUUCGAUUGUCAUCGGUAUCGUGAUAGGAUGGGCGGCAAGGAAGUUAUUGGGAAUGGCUGAGAGUCGAGAUUGGAUUGAUAAAGAGUCUUUUCUAGUAUUCGCAUUUGCUCUAGCGAUUUUUGUCGUUGGUGGUGUAAGCAUUGUCGGAUCGGAUGCGUUAUUGGCAUGCUUUAUGGCGGGAACUUCGUUUUCUUGGGACGAUUGGUUUCGUGAGGAAACGCAAGAUGCACAUUUACAAGAUGUCAUUGAUUUACUACUUAACUUAACCAUAUUUAUGUACAUCGGAAUGAUACUUCCAUGGUCUUCUUUUAAUUCGGAUGAUAUAUCACUCAAAAGCCUUAUUGCCAUAAGCGUCCUUAUUCUGGUUUUUAGGCGUUUACCGAUUGUAAUCUUAUUUAAAGGAUUCAUUCCGGCUUUUCACACUUUCAAAGAAGCAGCAUUCGCGGGUUAUUUUGGACCAAUAGGAAUUGGUGCAAUAUUCUUAGCUAUGACUGUUGAAAAAGAAAUUAGUAUAAGACUAAAUGAAGGAUUAAACGAUAUUGAUGAAGGAUCCAUGUUACGUAUUCAAGAAAUGACAUUCCCAAUUGUGACAUUCAUUGUUCUCAGCUCGGUAAUCGUACAUGGAAUCACAGUUCCAAUACUUAAUAUUGGUUCAAGGAUUGAUAUCGAACGAUUUCCCAGUAUUGCUAGUAUCAGCAGUCAGGUAGCAAGAUUGCCAGUAAUUGAUUUUGUCGAAAGUUUAAGUUUGGAGAGAGACAACAAAGGUCGUGUGAGGAAGAAGGAAAAGAUGAAGGCUGAGUAUGCACCUAAAAAUAGUGAAGAAUUAUAUCAGGAUGUUCACAAUGUAGAUAUAGAAGAAGAGCAAAGUGAACGAAAUGGAGUCUAUACAUAUAAUCAUAUAGAAACAGAUGUGUUGAUUGAAAGUAACAAGGAUGAGCAAAGUGACCAAGAUAAUGUGAAUUCUGCUGAUUAUCAUUGGCUGCAAUCUAGUGAAUGUUCAAGCAAUGCACAAUGCGACACAGAUCAUAAUUAA